CAAAUUCCCAUUAAAACGUUCUAACCAAUGGGCUUUUUUGUAAUCUUACCCUGUAUGUGAUCAGUGAACCCCAAAUAAUAUACAUAUAUAACUAGUGUGGAGGACCUUUAAACCCACUUUGCUUUAGGAUGCUCCGUGGAAUAUAUCUAUGUUGCUGUCUGCUGUUUACGAGUUCCUUGGGUUUCAAGUUUUUACAAACAAAAAUUCCCAAUGGCGAUUCCGUUCCGCACCCCUGUAAACCGAAUUAUCUCUGGCACGGGGUAGGUCACAGGAACGAACUUGGGGGCGGAUCUAGGAAUCCUUUUGGCGAGGACUUUGACGCCGCUGGAAAGAUCUGGACUCGUGAGUUAUGUAUGAAGGAUUCAGAUGGUGACAGUAAAACUAAUGGAGAAGAACUGGGGGAUCCGGAUUGUGUGUGGAGAGAAAAUGCCAUUCCGGAUAAAAACGCUUUUUCGCAUCCUGGUGUAUGUGAACCUUACGAUAGCGCCCUCUGUAGGCAAAAGAACGCCUGGGUACAGUGUGAAAUUGAAGAUUUCCAAUGUGACAGUAUCAAUGCACCAGAUGUGAAGAACAUUACCCUGCGGUAUCCUGAAACUGCCGUACCCAAUCUGGAAACUAACUACUUCUGUAUGACCUUUGAACUUCCUCAAGAUGGCGACUACCACAUGAUUGCCACCCAGCCAUACAUUGACAACGAAUACAUAAUGCACCACAUCCUUCUGUACGGAUGUGACGAAUCAGUCAACCAAACUGAAACACACCCUACUCGUUGCGGUAUGGGAUCAUCAAAAUGCCGUACCAUCAUCGGCACGUGGGCUGUAGGGUCUCAAGGGGAGUGUGUGCAUAAAGACGUUGGUUUCAGGAUUGGUCAACAAGGGUUUAAAUACGCCAUGAUGCAGUUUCACUGGAACAACUACGAGCGACGUUCUGAUUACGUGGACAGUUCUGGAAUGACGCUGUUCUAUACUCCGAACCGACGCCCUAACGACGCCACAAUCAUGGUAAUAGGCCAAAAUUACCUAGAGAUCCCGCCGAGAAAAGAGCACGCUGAAUUUCACUCCGUGUGCACUGCACAGGACACCAAACUGGCCCUUUCUGGUCCCGUUUAUGUGACGCGGGGCUUCAACCACAUGCACUAUUUAGGUCGAGAAGAAUCCAUCAUUCAGUAUAGAAAUGGGGUCAAGGUUAACACCCUCACAGACGAGCCUGACUACAGCUACGAUCGACCAAGAUUUAUAGAGUACAGUACUGCGAUACAGGUGUUACCAGGCGACGAAAUCAGAACGAAAUGCGUGUUCAAGUCCUCCUCGAAAUCCGUAACUACUUUUAAAGGCGAUGCAACUUCCGACGAGAUGUGCUUCGGUUUUCUUACACUCCAUCCGAUCACGAAUGUCAGGCAUUCGUUCUGCACCACCUGGAAAAAUAUAUCCGAAAUGCAAAUGUACAACACUGAAAAUUAUAAAAAUUGUAAUAUUAACGAGUUCCACAAUCCGUUUCACCCCAGUAUGACGAAGCUAUACCAACAGGUGGAUUCUCAUUGCCUUCCAUUGUCGCAUUGUCUGGAGGAAUGCAAGGAAGCGGUCAAGGAAUUCAAGCGGCAUCCUUGUAUGCAGGGUGACAUGGCAGAAUUAAUGAAAUCGCAGGCCAUGAGAUGGAUAAAUACUGUCGAUACUUUUAAGUUUUAUUCAAAGCUUGAGUCAUGUGACCUCGAGAUAUUGCGAGAGAAGAUGGAAGCAGAGAGAGAAAGAGAAUCAAGUGGCGGAUCUCAUGUCGUCCCACAAUUUCUUGCACUACUUUCAUUGUCUACCUUGUUGAUAUAACUGUUUCCAAAAGCUGUCAAAUAUAUAGGCUAAUGAAAUGUACAUUCUAUAGGAGGAACCGCUGAUAUCGAGAAAUGUACCAUGGACAUUUUUCUAUGCAUGGUCUUUGAAAGCUUCAUUCAGAAGUAGCAUGGAUUAAUAAAAUAAAAAGAAGAUUAAAUUGA